AUGCUCGAACGUGCUGCCACCGGCUGCUUUGAGACCGCGGGUCGGCGUUUCCUUCGAGAUUCCAAUGGCGCAAUACGGACAAGAAGAUAUUUGUGCCAUAACUUUUGGAAGCACAGUAUCUCUGGAGGAGACGCCACCCAAUGGUUUCUAGACCUCACUCAGCCACUGGGUCAACACUUGUCCACCUUGUCCAAUCCUCCACACCGAAGUUCAAGCGCAAGCGAGGCCAACUCACCAUUCCUUGACUUCCUUUACCCCGAAAAAACACAGAACUUUGCGGCUCUUCGAGCAUCUCGCUUAUCAAGGAGGCCGGGAUUGCGUCGGAAGAAAAGGACACUUGCCAGCCUCCGGAGGACGUAUGCUUCAGAAGCAUCAAGCCUUCAACAUCAUCCUCAAUAUGAGGCCAAAACACGGUCUUCUUUACAUCAGGAUGUGACGCACACGACCAUAGAACCUACAACGACCCCACAGGCAAAACCGGCAGAUUCAAAUGUUCAGCAACCCUCCCAAGGCGACCACAGAAUACGCGACCCACCCUCACAUCGGGAUAGGACGGAUGGAAUUAUUUCAACAGAAAGGCUGACUGCUCAGAUUGAGGAAUUUUUGAAUUCGUCGGAAGAAUACCUACCUGAGACAACUUGGGAGCUCUAUAUCGCAGCUGGAUGCCCGCCAUCAGUUCGUUCCCAACUUCUCGCCGUUUUGAGCCAGUCAGAGAGAUCCAUCGAUGCGCAGCGCGCGUGGGAAGUUUUUAAUCUGAUUCCAUCAGAUCAAUGCACUCAUCACCAUUUUUACAAUAUCAUCCAUUCCCAGCUUCGGUGCGAAAGUUCCGACAAUUUGUUGACAAUUUGUGAGUUGGCUGUGGCAAGGGGCACAGGCGGUUUUUGUUUUGCAUUGGCAUUUUCGUACUAUUUGAAGUGCCGCGACUGGGUUAGGACUGAGCACAUAUGGGUCCUCCAUUCUCAUUUUAACGCGAAGAGAAAACGGAAGUCGAAGAUUUGCCCACCCCCUUAUCAUGACUCGACACUGCCCGAGGACACACUUGCGUUGGUGAUCUACCUUCAAAGCAAUGCCAGCGAUCAAGCUACUCAACAAUCUUUCCGUCACAUUGCACAGCUCCUUCUCACGCGCAUCUCAUCAUCCCUCGGGAUGCUGACAAGUACCUCUAUGGAUGUUCUGGCUCCUCUCAUGGAGAUAUCGAAUGCUUUGAAAAUCAUGACUUUACAACAUCAUGUAAACAUCAUGGAAUCCAUACAAUCAUCCAUGAGGCGUCUUGAUUUUGUCCGCUCAAUAAUCUUUUAUCAAAAUAUGCGCGCCUUCCUUGAUCGUGCCUCGAAACCUCGAUUGCCCGACCAAAAGCUCUGGGAGCGCCAACUGGACCUUCUUGUCAAAUUCGAGAUGACCGACAACAUCCAGUUUUUCCUCGACGAGUUCACUCACUUUCACAAGAAACCAACCUUGGAGACCUAUAAGCAAGUUUUGGCUUAUUUCGGUCGUGUUGGAAAUUCGUCACAAGUCAAUCUUGUGUUUAACAGGAUUCUCGCAGAUUAUGGCAGACCAAAGAGCCGCAGACUGCUGACCCCACUUCUGAAUGUCUAUGCAGCUUCAGGUGACGUUCCAGGGACCCUUCGACAGUUUCGAAGGCUGUCAGAGGAAUUCAAACUAAGCCCAAACACAACAUGUUGGAACAUUCUUCUCACUGCCUAUGCGAAUAAAAGCGACUCGGAUGGAGCCUUUUCUAAGUUUUCUGAGAUGAUCCAGGCUAAAACACACCCUGAUUCCCAUACAUUCGGCAUCAUGAUGGCAGUUUGUGCAAAUAAAGGAGACAUUGAGGGUGUCCGCGAGCUGCUCCGCGAGGCAGAAAAACAGCGGGUUACUAUCACGAUGGCGAUGAUAGGCACAAUUUCUCAGGCGUACAUUGCCAACGGGCGAUUUGAUUUAGCUGAAAAGCUUGCCGUAGCCUGUUUGAGUCUCACAAUUGAAGGUUCUCCGAUGCGGAUGUGGAACACGCUUCUAAUGCACCAUGCAUUCAGGAUUGACCACCGCGGUUUUUACCGUGUAUGUGCUCUAAUGAAAGAAGCCGGGCUCGAGCCAGACGAGACAACGCACGUGGCUGACCUACUCCGUCUGGCUUUGAUCGGCGAAGCUGAUCAAGCGCGUAUGACUCUCAGGCGUCUUCAUAGGCGAGGAAUUCUUCAGGCGACGGAGCUCCAAUACGCUAUUGUGAUACUUGGAUAUCUCAAAAUUCGACAUUAUACGAUGGUGAAGAUCAUAUUCCGUGAGAUGAUGAAGCGUUUUCCUGAUUCUGGACUGGAGUCUAGCGUUUUGAACCUGCAAGCACAAAUGCCCUCCGAUUUUUGGACGAAGGUUUUCAACAUAGAAGACUCUCCGGAUGCUAGUUUGCGCAUCAAGACUCUCGAAAUCCUACUCAUCGAUUCAAUAUCCCAGCGUGAUAUUUCAAUGCUGGCGAACACUCUUGAUCCAUCAGAAGCUCGCAAGGAGUCCCUGACAAAGACUUUUGAUACCUGGCAUUUUAAAUACCUCGUCAAGGAACAUGGGGCAAGUGGUGCCAUCUCGAUGGCAAACAAACUGUUUCAACGUGAACUGUCUAGCACGGAAACUGCGAAUGCACAAGACUCCGCCGCUGUUUCUCCUUCAUUUCGCCCUGUCAGUGUUAUGAUGGAAGCGCAUCUAAAAGCCGAACAAUACAAAGAAGUUGACACCUGUUGGCAGCUUGUAUUUUCAAAUGCCGUGAGAGAAGCCAGUCGAGUGAACGUUGUUGAUGUGUUUAAAGCUUCGGCAUCGGCCCCAGCUGCUUCAUCUGAUCCUUCCGCGCAUACACAAAGAGAAUUCAUUCCAGCAGAUUCACCUGAUAAGCAGAAGAAACAAAUUCUUCGAUCACGCCGCUUUAUCCUUUCUCGACCCCUUUCCCUUUACAUCCGGUCAUUGGCCGAACAGAACGAAUACGAAAGAAUGUUUGAAGUAAUAGCUCAGGUCGAAGCAGAUGGGUUUGAAUUGUCAACGUUCAAUCGGUCUACUAUAGUGCAGGUCCUUGCGGCCUCCCACAGCUUUGCUCACGUAUCGAAGGCGUUCUCCGAGUUUGAGCGAUACUUCAUGCCCAACUGGCCUGGAUGGAAACGGCUUAUUCGAGGCCAACAAGUGAAACCUUCCGAUGUUCCUAGGAGUCUUUCCUUGAUUGAAGACAGGCGCGCACCUGCACACUCUAAGAAUUACCUUGGAAAGGAGGCCUCCAAGUUCUGGAGACACCUAUCUCCAGAGUAUAUGCAGCCCACAUACGUCACCAUUGUUACCCUAGCCGCUGCUUUGGGCCGUGUUCGUGAAGCAACGAUUGAAGGAGGCAGUCAUCAACUCGAUCAGCUGAUGAAAAAGGCGCCCAUGACGCUGAAGGCGAUCACCAAAAUGCCCUGGUUGCAUGACAAACAUCAGGGUGUUCUCAUUCGACAGGUCGACGAGCGACCAGAGCUGGACAAGAAACGAUCGCCUGUCCCAUUGGAUUAUGCGCCUGGUGGUAUUCUAGGGGUCGAGUCUCGUUCUGAGUGCGGAACGAUCAUCUACCGCGACGAGGCAGAAGACGUCGAAAUAAUUGAAUGGGCUGGCGAGUUCGAUAUGGUUGUUAACGAGCAAUCGCCCAAGGAGACACCAGGCAAGCCUGGAGGCAAGACAAACAUUGUCGAACCCUUCCUUGAGCAGGCGGCUUUCGCCAAUACCGGGUGGAAAAAUCUUCUCUCUCCUGAAGAUUUACUGGAUUUGCAAAUUCAAGAUUGCCAUCUUAGUUCCAAUUCGGCCGAGGGGGGCGAAGUUUCCAAAGGAAGCAAGCCAAAAAAGCCAGCUAAAAGGGUACGAACUCAUGACAAACCACUGAAUCUGUGGGUAAAAACGGAACCCUGA